AUGAGCAAUGUCCAUCGAACAGUGGGCGGAGAAGAAGAGGAAGAAGCAGAGAACCUGUUCCAGCGAUUGCCGGACGAAGUCGCACUCCACAUCUUCGGCAAGCUCUCCGAGGUCAAAUGGCUCUGCAGAUGCUUCGUCGUCGCGAAGCGAUUCUCUGCUCUCAUCCCUCUCGUCCAAACAGUCUCCUUCGAAACCGAAACCUGGAAUUCAGUUUUCCGCAAUGAGGAAGGGGAUCUCCAACUCCAAGAAAGGAAAUUCUCCGAAUUCUUAACCAGCAUUUUAAAACUCGAUCUCUUAUUACCUUCUCCGCGACUGAAUUUUCCCGACCUCGUGUUCCAGUUGAAACAGAUUCAGUCUCUGAAUAUUGAAUUUCCCUCCCAUCUCAACGCUAACAAUGAUUCUGUCUUUCAGUGGGGUGCCGAUUUCACCCCAAUUCUCAAAAGCUUCACCUUUCUCUAUGCAGCAUCUCUAUCUAAAACCGAUGACAAAAAUGAUCGCGAAGAAACCGAGAAUGAGAUAUCCCUCAAUGAGAUAAAUCGGGGACGGCGAGAACAUGUCAAAUUGUAUUGUAUUACAAAUGCCGUGCUGUGGCUAGGAACCUUGUCUUGUGUUGUCCCGACUUACCCGAUGCUUCAGAGCAUUACCAUCACCGAUUCAAACAACAAGGGGGUGAAGCUCUGUUUGGGUGGUGAAAAGCUUGUGGAGUACAGGAAUACACUCGAAAUAGCCCCGACUAUUCCGUCGGAAAAUCAUGGGGCAUGGACCCUUGGAAAGAUGAGGGUUGGGUAUGUGCCUAUUUUAAAACUGCCGAGUUCUGGGUAUGUCAUGAAGGGGGCGACCAUUCUUAUCUUCAAAAUCUUUGCUUUUGAUGAUACGGCCUUGUUGGAUGCGUUUGCAGAGGAGAAAGGUGUUUUUUCGGAAGCCGUGGUGCAGAUUCUGGAAAAGCAUAAGGGCAGAAUCAAGGCAUUGUUCAAUUGGUGGAUUAUCUGA